CAUCUUUCCUCUCCGGCGUAGGCCAGCAAUUUUCCUGAGCACUGAGCACUGAGCAGUGGCUGCUCCCUCUAGCCACACAUCCUUUGAGCUAGGAGAUAUGAGUAAGAAAAAGAACCCUCUUGUGUUUCUAGACAUCUCGAUUGAUGGGGAUCCUGUGGAAAGAAUUGUUAUUGAGCUUUUUGCCAGUACUGUUCCUAAGACAGCUGAAAAUUUUCGGGCACUCUGCACAGGUGAGAAGGGCAUUGGAAAAUCAACUGGAAAGCCUUUGCAUUAUAGAGGAACUUGUUUUCAUCGUAUAAUUAAAGGAUUCAUGGCCCAAGGUGGUGACUUUUCAAGGGGCAAUGGUACUGGUGGAGAAAGUAUAUAUGGAGGAAAGUUCGCUGAUGAAAAUUUCAUAUUAAAGCAUGACGGACCUGGUCUUCUAUCUAUGGCUAAUGGUGGUCCAAACACAAAUGGUUCCCAAUUCUUUAUUACCUUCAAGCGCCAACCACAUCUUGAUGGGAAACAUGUGGUUUUUGGAAAAGUUGUCGGUGGAUUAGAUCUUCUGAAGAAAAUUGAACUGGUGGGGACACCAGAUGGGAAACCUGUCCAGCCGGUUAAAAUAGUUGAUUGUGGUGAAACGAGUGAAGUGAAAAUUCAGCCAAAAAUUGGGAAAGAGAAAGGUAAGAAGAGAAAGUCUGGGGAAUCCUCAACUUCUGAUGAUAGUUCUGACAAAAAAUCAAAAGGAAAAAGGAAAACAUCUUCCAAGGAUUUGAGGAAGAGGAGCAGACACUCAACAUCUGAUUCAUACAGCUCACAUAGUGAUAGUGACUCUGUUUCUUCAGACUCUGAUUCAGAUUCAGGGUCAGAAUCAUCGCUUUCUGAUUCAAGUUCCUCUAGCUAUGGUAAACAUAGGAAGAGGAAACCUCUGAAAAGAUCUAGGCACAAGCAGGGGAAGAAGAGAAGAAAAGGACAAAAGCAAAAGAGAAGCCGGCAUAAUAGACGAUCAAGACGCAAGUCCCGAUGGAGCUCAGAAGAUUCAAGUGAUACCGAAAGUGAUAGUACUAGUGGUAGUGUCAGUAGUUCUGAUGAUGAGAGAGCUCAUCGCCGUGUGUCUGGUCGUAAAACUGACAACAAACAAAAAAGAAAUUUAGGAAAGCAAUCUCCCAGCUCUCCUUUAGUUAGAACUGCUCCAAAUCAAGGGGAAGACUCCAAGGUGAGAAGAUCUGAGGACAAGCAAUCACAUGAAGAAGGUGAAUUGUCUCCAGAAAAUUCUGAGUUUCUGAAUAAUGGGCAUGAUACUGAAGCCAAAUUCAGUAAAUCUGCUAAGCAGGAUGAUUCUAAUGACAAUAGAGUCACAAGUCCUAGAAGAAGUGAUGCUAUGAGUCCCACUAGGAAGUUAGUUGAGCAAAACCAAGGAGGCGCUUUGUUGACCAGUCCCCGCCAACCUGCUGCCUACAAACAUAGUCGGGGCUUGUCAAAAAGCCCUUCACCAAAUGGUGAACCGAAGCGUAUUAGAAAAGGACGAGGCUUCACUGAGCGCUAUGCCUUUGCACGCAGAUAUCGUACUCCAUCUCCAGAUCGGUCAUCCCAUUCCUAUCGUGGUGGUGAUAGAAAUAUAAGAAGGAACUUCGACAGGCGUACAAGCUACAGAAACUACUCUGAGCGUUCACCACAGAGACGCUAUGGGAGCCCUCCAAUGCGCAGGAGCCGUCCAAGAUAUCAGAGCAGAAGAAGCCGGAGUAGAAGCAUCUCUCGCAGUCCAGUGCGUGGCCGUUUUAGGGACCGUGGUCGUAGCCAGAGUCCAGUACGUAGCCCCAGUCCAGACGGCAGGCGACCUCCAAUAAGUGAUGGAUUGAAAUCCCGACUUGGCCCUCGAAGUGUUCGGCACUCCCCAGACAGAGGAAGGGCCAGGUCCAAUUCCAGGGAUCAUCUGUUUCCCUCUAGAUCCCCCGAUGCCACCCCACCCAGGCGUCAUGAUAAAAGGACUUCUGUGUCCCCAAGCAGGUCUAGAUCUAGUUCGUCAUCUGGACAGAAGGGAUUAGUUUCCUAUGGAGAGGCCAGUCCUGAUUCCGGGGCAAGGUAGGAUGAUAUGGCAUUUUCAUGCUGAAAUCAUCGGUGGUCGUUGGAUUUUCGUGAUGAUAGGCUUCUCCAUCUAAGCUGUUGCUCUACAUCGCCAACUAUGAUGGGGAUGGAAUAGGCUGAGUUUCUGUUUUUCAUCGUAACGUUUUGUUGUAUAUUGAACAAUUCGGCUUCCAAGUUGCUCAUUAGGUAAUGUAUUUUAACUUUGUCAUGUCGAUUUUGAAGUCAAGAAGCAAGUUUAAGUUUAUAGCUAUCUCAAAAUCAUGGAGCAUUGUGAUA